AUGCUUCGUUUGAAAGCCGCGAUAUUUCUCUUCCAACUCAUUUUUGUUCUCCCUCGAUCGGCCGGGGCGCAAGAUCUAAUAUCACUUGAUCAGAUAGGACUAGAUCAGCUAUCACCAUGGGAAAAUUCCAUCACAGGCUUUGGACCAGAUGUCGCUCUCGGUGAUUUCUGGAACGCCACCUUCCCAGUGGCCGAGAGUACCAUAUACGAUGAUUAUGACACCACUGGUAGCAACAAAAGCAGCUCCGUGGAUACUUUCAGAAUGCUAAGAGGCGCGAAGGAUUUCUGGCUGAGGGUUAUGCCAUUGGGCGCAUCUAUCACAGAGGGAGUUGGGUCAACAGACCGAAACGGCUACAGAAAGUGGAUUCGCCAGCAACUACGCUGGAAGGGUUGGAAAGUCAACAUGGUUGGAUCAAGCCAUAUCGGUACAAUGAAAGACAGGGACAACGAAGGUCACCCGGGCUGGAUUAUUGACCAGGUUCCCAAUAAAACUAUUAACGGAGUGCGACAGGCCUGGGACUCUGCCAAGUCGUUGAAACCGAACCUAGUCCUCCUCAAUGUCGGAACCAACGACUGCGGCAAUGGUCUUGAAGACGGCGCCGAGACCCGGAUGGGGGAUUUCAUAGAGAGCAUCUUCAAAGAUGUUCCCGGAAUCGUUCUGAUUCUAUCGACUCUGGUGCCGAGUCCUAAUGUUAAGGACUGUGCCGCUAGGCUGAGUGAAAAGUAUCGCCAGCUUGUGCCCAACUACCCUCGUGGUAAGAUUGCCCUCGCCGACUUUAACGCGGCGAUGAACCCAAACACCAUGAUUUCUUCCGACAAUGUUCACCCAAAUGAUCUUGGCUAUAAGUUCAUGGCCUCAGUCUGGUGGGACGCUAUUUCAAAAGUCGAAGGUAACAUAGUGAAGCCGUUGGAUAAUGGAAAAGAUGAUUCUCCGGGUGAUGUUUCUUGCGCUAAGAAUCCUGGUGGUUCUCGAGGUCCCAUCGUGACGCAGUCAGGCUCUGGCAAAGAUGAUGGCAUCUACGUUCACAAGUCGCAAGGCCGUGGUGUUUUGAAAGACGGCAGAAUCCAGAAACCAUCUUCUCGGAAUGAGAGCAGCGCAAUUCCGUCCCACAUCUGGUUUGCUCAACUGACUGAAGCUAACAAUGUGGACCGUGGUGCGGCUUUGGAUGACUGGAUUCGCAUUAAUCCCCGCAGUGCCUCGGAUGGUAAAAAUGAGUAUUGGUUCCGUGAGAAUCUGGGUGGAGGCAGCUUCGCCACGUCUGUUCAGUUUGAUGUGAAGCAGAACUGCGAUGGGGGCCCGAAUUACGCCUGGGCGGACUUUAGCCUUGCUGACGUGCGAUUUUGGCAACUUAUGAAGAACAAUGACGGACUUGGUGAGAUAAUUACUAUCACCUCUUGUGGUCAAAGACCUCGUGCUGACCAUAGUUUCUCGGGGGUAGCCGAUUUCUGGUGUAUCGGUCAAGACGCAAAGAUCUCGGUCUCAAUCAAUAAAGGAACACGGCCUCCAACUGUGAGCAUGUCGCGGAAAGAUCGCCGUUGUCCCUUUGAGUAUCUCGGCAAUGUUCUUCCCGCGCAGGGAAACUUCAAAGCAUCAGAUGUCAGAAUCGCUGAUAUAGACGGCGACGGGAGGGCCGAUGUCUGCUUCGUUAAUGAUAAUGGGGACAUUGCCUGUUCUCGAAAUGGAGGCCAAGGCACAAACUACAAUUGGCAAGGCUUCCACACGGUAAACGGCCUCGGCGAAAUAAUCUUUACUGGAAAGGGCAAUGGGAGCAAAGAUGGGAUUGUUCUUGCCGAUCUCAAUGGAGAUUUCCGAGACGACUGGAUGCUAGUUGGCGACACUGGGCAAGUUGACACAUGGAUCAACCAGCGGGGUACAGGCACCGGCAUAGCUCCGCAGUGGUCUGCAUCAGGUACUACGCAUGUUGGAGUAAAUGUAGCAGGUGCCCGUGACAGGAUCAAGUUCGGUCGUAUCUACGGCUCUGGGCGGCGUGACUACAUCUAUCUCAAAGAAGAGAAUGACUACUACGACAUGAUGGUAUUCGAGAAUCUUGGUGCAGGAGGGACAAAGCUCAAAGGUUCGUCUUCGACGGGCAAAGGGCUCGAUGUUCAUGGACUGACGUAUAUUAUAUCACUAGGGGACGGAUCAUUCUACUGCGACAUGACGGGCAGUGGGAGUGCCGACUAUGUGUGGAUCUAUAUGGACGGACACGCUGAUUCGUCUGCACUUUCCUUGAACAUCCAUGACCCGCCGAAUUGGGGCCACAAAAUUUCUAUUCAGCUCAACGUUCCCGGACCUCGUGUCGGUAUACACUUGGCCGACUGGGAUGGAGAUGGUCGUUGUGAUGUGCUCGUCCAGACUAAAUCGACCGGCGCCCUUACAAUGUGGAAGAACAACUACGACAAAGAUAAGCAAACGAUCACAUUCACCAAUCAGGGUGUCGUUUCAGGGAGUGCCACAUGCAGCCAAGGAUGGGGUGUUAGCAUCUUCGAUCGCGGCAUGCGAAUUGCCGACAUUGAUGGUGAUAAUCGGGCGGAUAUUCUCUGUGUGGAACCAGCAGGCCGGAUAACAGCUUGGCUCAAUAAAGAUACUGGACUGCAGAACGUCGGUCAGAUCAAGGCAUCCGAGGGUUGGGACCGGGCCAAUAUACGCUUCGCUGAUGUUGAGGCCUCUGGCCGAGCGGACCUUCUUCAUGUUGACAAGUACACAGGUGCCACGGUCAUGUUCAAGAACGAUGGAUAUCGACCUAACGACGUGGCCACCAACAAAGGCAGCACGUUCCACUGGACCCAUCGCGGUGUGGUGUAUUCGCCAAUUGACCGCGGGGAGAACAUAACUGACGAUAUGUGUGGCUCACAGCAUUUUGUCAACUUGGGCGGCCUUGGACGGGCGGACCUCCACCAUGUCUGGCCAAACGAUAACAAGGCGGAGACAUUUUUCAACGAAUGUAGCCAGGGCGGUGGCCUCGGAGGUGAUGACGAGCCUGUCUCACCAGGCUACGUCAAAGGAUUAUGGCCACCUCGGUACCUGUGCAAGGGCGGCCUUCGUGUCAAACGUAUCGCUUCCCACUAUGACUCUGACAACAACUGUGACUUGCUGUACUGA